AUGCACGAUCGAUGUUAUUUUUGUUUUGUAGGUUCCUCAUGUCAAAUUACCGAGUACCAGGUGACUGGAAUUCGUGAAGAUGGAUCUUUAGCUUUGGUAAAUGAGUAUGGAGAGGCUAGGGCUGACUUGAAGCUACCAACUGAUGGUCUUGUUAGACUGAUCAAACAUGCAUUUUCAAUGAAUAAUCGUCUGGCUGUGAAUGUGAUAUCUGCCAUGGGAGAGGAGCGGAUAUGUGGUGCCAGGUAUUAUCGCAUAAUAUAGGUUCUUGAUAUUAUCUCAAAGCAGGUUGAGGUCGAGGUGGUGGUAAAGGGAUGAUUCGAAGAUGCGACACCAAAUGUCGUCAUAAAUUUAUAGAGUAAUCUGUAAUCUUAUAUCUUGUUGUUUCAGUUGGUUACUUGUUUAUUAAUUAUGAAAUGUGGUCAGCAAUUGCUACAAUUGGUUAUCAGUGUAAAGCCGCUUGCUAAAAUCAGUAAGAGAUUGUAGGUUCUUAUUUUUAA